UGUGUAUUAAUAAAUAAAUAAACAUAACUGAUUAGCUGUAUUCGUAACUGAUAAAAAAAUUGGAAAAAACAUGGAGUGUUAUAUUUUUCGGAAACUGUGAGACAUGCGGAAUUAAUUAAAUCAAACAACAAUCAAAAUGGAUGCUGAUUUGCGAUUUCUAAAUCUUGAAGGGUUAGAUGCAACUCAAGCUAACCAGAUAUUGUUUCUUCUGCACCCUUCAAAUCUUUGUCCAAAAAUUGAAUUCCCAUGGAGCAGCGUUUGUUGUAAUGGUGAUGAAGUGGAUAAAAAAGGAAAUAAAUCAUUGAAUGUCCAUGCUCCAGUAUUUGAAACACAUAUUCCUUUCAAAAACCUCUCCAACACCUCACAUCAAGUGUAUUUUUCUUUGUACAACAAUGGCUCCAACUUUUCAGUUCCUAUUGCUAAGAGUUCCCCAUCUUUUUAUGCACACGAGAACCGAACUAAAUUGCAGUCUUUUUCUAAUGGCGUAAACCACGAAGUCGGUGAUUUUAACGAGUGUGUUUCACCGUCUCAGUCAUCAAAAACAGUCAGUAGUGACAGUGGUUAUUCAAAUGACAAUCCUGUAUCAUCAUCCUUUAAAUUAAACCCCACGGUUUCUUGUUUUGUUCCGCAAAGCAUAAGGACAACCUGUGUUCCAUCUGAACCGCCAAUCAAACCUGUUUUAUCACAUGAAUCUAUUGACAAACUACAAAAAUUUAAUGAGUCUUCUCAACCUGUUAACUACGAUCUGCUCCAAGAGAAGGUAGUACAAGCACAUGAGGAGAGGGAGUGCAUCGCAGUCCGUGCUGACCAAACUGUUAGUUCCGAUACCUCGCCUGCUCAACGCGAGGAUGGUGACCUUGUGGCAGCAACAACUACUACUGAUGCAAGUACAGAGAAUUCAAAAGUCACUGUGAAGCCUGUGAAUCGUUCUUGGGCACAAAUAGUUCAGAGCGGACAGCCGUCUGCUGUUCCUUCUGCCAAAUCCUCCUUAGAAAAUAACUGCAAAAACAGAAAAGAGGUGAAAAAUGUAGAAAAACUGUCUAUAGAGGAUGAUAAACUAGCUCUUGUGCUGGGAAGGCAUCUGCAUGAAUUAGAAUUAGAUUUUAAACCAGUGUAUCUGCAACCUCGAGGGCUUAUUAACCGUAGAAACUGGUGUUACAUUAAUGCUACACUACAGGCACUAUUUGGCUGUUCUCCAUUUUAUUCAAUGAUUAGGAAUUUGCCUAUUGGACCAGCUGUACAGCGGGGGAAAUCUUCUACUCCACUUAUCGAUAGCAUGGUAAAAAUGACUUAUGAAUUUUCUGUGCUUCCCACCUCUCAAGAGGAAGUCCAAGUUGGGCAACCUUUUCAACCUGAUAUUAUGUACGAUAUGCUGCGUGAUUUAAAAUCAGACUGCGUGAAGGGGCAGCAAGAAGAUGCUGAAGAAUUUCUUAGUUUUAUUUUGAAUAACAUGCAUGAGGAAAUGGUUAAAGUUAUUAAGAAUUAUGAACAGAUAAAUUCCAUUGCUUUGGGAAAUGAAGUGGAUGAAAAUGGUGAUCAGAGUGAAACAGAAGAGGAAGAAUGGCAAGUCAUUGGAUCAAAACAUAAAGGAAUGGUGACUAGAAAGGUUGCAGAACACAAAACUCCAAUAUCUGAUCUUCUAGGAGGACAAAUAAAAUCAUUCCUCACCACAAGUGGAAAUAAAACUUCCGCGUCUAUUCAGCCUUUUUUUACAUUACAACUUGAUGUUCAGUCUGAAAAUGUGACUUCAGUGUCUGAAGCCUUAAAGGAAAUGACUGUGAAGGAACCCAUUCAAGGUUAUACUUGUGCCAAAACUAAGCAAGAGGUUGAGGCUUAUAGUCAUGUUGCUCUUCAAAAGCUGCCUCCAGUACUAAUUCUGCAUUUGAAAAGAUUUGUAUACAAUAAAAAUGGAGGUUGCAAGAAAGUAAUGAAGAAGACAGAUUAUCCACUUGAACUGGAAUUGAACAGAGGUAUAAUUAUUUUCUAUUUUCAAAUAUUUCUCUUUUUUUUUUAUUUUAUGCCAAACAUUUUUAAUUCUUUCCCUUUUUUUAUAGAACUAUUUUCAUCAGAUGUGAAGAAAAGCCAUAGAAACAGAGUGUAUAAACUUUUUGCAGUGAUGUACCACGACGGAGAAGAAGCCAUUAAAGGUCAUUAUAUAUCAGAUGUGUACAACCCUGGAAGUCAGACCUGGUUCCGGUUCGAUGACCGGCAGGUGACGGCCGUCACAGAAGCUCAAGUCCUCUCCCACAGUCCUCCCAGAGUUCCUUAUUUGCUAUUCUACCAAGAUGGUGCACAUAUCUGCAUGUGAUGAUUUUUUUUUAAAAAAAGAAACUAAUUACCUAUAACUAUUGUGAUAUAUAUAUGCACGUGUCUGAUAACGACGUAUCGGUCGACUGUAAAAAAACGAAACAAUUUUUCUCCUAUAUCAUGGACGGUAAAAGAUAAUUGUAAAUUAUCUUUAUUGAUCACUUAUUAAUGUGGUUUACUUAUUUUGUGAACAAGCGACUCAUUCAAAAAAAGUAGAGGUCCAUCUGCCUUGAGGAACACUAUUUGUGAGCAAAGUUAGUUUUAACUGAGUUCGUCGUUGAAUGUUUCAUUCAAGAUCAUUUUGUACGAGCGAGUGACUCGUUUUGGAAUGAACAUUCAGGAUUGCGCAUUCAGUUGCAUGCACGAUCACUAUCUGAAAAUGACUUAACUGUAAACUAAUUUUUUUAUUGAAUAUAUUAAAAAACCAAAUGAAAGUAUGAUAAUUUGCUGUUGCGUGAGGCGCUGACGAUUAAAAAAAAUACUCCAAUUCCAUCUCACUGUUUAUUGGUGGAAAAACUGUGAUUCAUCUUCUGAGCAGAGCUCAUAUAUUUUAUGUGCAGUUGUGGUUUGAUGAUUGUGAUUUAGUUCUUGGGAGAAAAUAUUUUUUAAAAACUGUAUAAAUUUUGAACUGGCAUAUGGGAAACUAAAUAAUACUCCAGUGUGUCUGUUUGUACUUUAGUUUAUUGGGUGUGAGAGAUGAGUAUUGUUAUAAAAGUAGUAGUUAAAAAGCUAGCCAUUGCAUAUUUUCUUAUUGUAAAUAACUUUUUAGGGCUUAUAUGAUGAAUUUUCUUGAAUGAAGUCUGCGUUUGUGGUAUUACUUAUAUAGCUCCUCUCCCCCCUCUCAAUCAUAUUUAAGUUGAAUGUAUAUGCAGAAGUGCCAACUCUUAUAGGGUGCGUAUCGUUUUUAAAAAGUGCUUAAAUGUGCUUAUUUUCAUUUCUUAAAAGCCCUUAAAGGUGCUUUUUUCAUUGGGUGUUAUUAAAAAGUGCUCAAUUUCCCCUCUACCAUUGAUUUUCGCCACAUAUUAUGCAGAAAGACUCUGUUAAUAUUGUUCUAUUCGCCGUUUGUGCAAUUAAUUCAACCCCAAUCUAUUUCGGUGUACCAUCGGUCCUUAGCGUAUGAAAACGGCGUUCAUUUUAUGAUUCAAAACUUCAGGAUUUUUGAAAAUUGUCAAAAACUAUGCCAAAAUUUUUUUUGACAUGACAGUUAAAUCCGGAUAAAACCAUCAAUUUUCAAAAACUUUCCAACCCUGCCUAAUUAUAUUUUGUUAUAAGUGCUUAAAAAUAUUUUUGAGUGCUUGAAAAGUGCUUAAAAGAUGCUUAUUUUUUGUUGAAAAACUUGGCUAUGUACCCUGGUCCCCCCAUAGCUGCCAACUCUACUAGUUUUUGUACAUUUUAGAAGAUUCCCUAAAAUUGAGUGAAUUUCCUUAAAAAAAUCCCUAUCGAAAUGGAAUUUUUGUGCAGAUUAUUGCUUGUUUGAAUAUUUAAAUAAGUGUCACUGAUACAUAAUGAAGCAAACCCCGUUCAUAAAAUUCAGUUAACUGUAUUUGAUGAAUUGAAUGCCUAUUACUAUUAAAAAUUAUGAAUAAACAUAAUACAUAACAUUUCAAGGUCAUUUAAUGUCAUCAUAACCGGGGGGGGGGAAUGCGCAUUUUUUCUUUUGAUGAAUAUAAAAUUCCCUAUGUGUAAAAUAUUUAGUAUAUUUUGUAACAAUUAUCAUGAAAUUUAUAUUUAUAAAAUAUACUGGAUUUUUCCUAUCUGAGUUGGCAGCUAUGCAAUUAAUCCGUCAUUAUUAUGAUUUCAUUGUCAAGAUUACAAUCUUAUGGUUGAGUAAUUGAAAUUACCAUUUUUGGGAACUUCCAUAAUAAUCUGUUUAAAAAAAAGUCUGUUUCUCUCAUUACUACCAAUGAUACCCCUUAACUAACAUAACUUUGUUUGCAACUAAUCUACAAUAAUUUUUUGCUACUCCUUAGAUGACACUAAAAAUAAAUAAGGAAAGAAAAAAAUUACUUGAUAAAAGAAAAUAAUGAAACCCUAUUUUCCCAUUUUCAACAAGCUAUUCUUAAAUUUAAUCUUCUCUUCGUUUAAAAAAAUCAAAGAUUAUACACUCAAAUCUAAAAUUUGAGCAAAAAUUUUCAUUGUAUUAGUUUAACCAAAAACUAAAAUAUUAAUCUCAAGUAAUCAAUUUAGUUUUAUCAUAUUAUGAGGAAGCAUAAAAUUUCAGUGUUGUGUCAUUUUUAAUUUAGUAUUUUAAGUGUUAUUUUAUUUAAUGAUAACCUUAAUUAAUAUUAUAUACCUAUGUAGACCAAAGUAGUAUAAAUACCAUGAAAUUGCUCAGGGUCGCCACUGCACAGGGGAAUCCUGUAAAAUACAGGGAACUUAAAAAUCACCAUGGAAUAACAGGAAAAAUGCAGAAAAAUUUUUUUUAUUAUUAUUAUUCUUUACAAACUGGGAAAAUACAGGGAAUUUUGUUUCUUAUUUCCGUCUCUUAGAAAAAGGUGGCCACUCAAGGCGUGUAUUUAAGAAUGAUAUUUCAGCUAUAUUAAAAAAUUUUAUUUACUAUAGCAAUAUAUACUGGAUUUUGUAUGUUCCUUUUUUCCUCUUAAGUUUUUCCCUAAAUUUAAAUUAGUAUAGUUAACCCAAUAUAGGUCACUCAAUAGCACAGUGAUUGUUGUGCUUUCUGUUAAUAUAUUGUGUAUAAUAUGUACAGGGAAAACACGGAGAAUUAUUUUUUUCAGAUUUGAGUGACAACCCUGUUGCAAACAUUUGAAUUUGGUAAACACUAAUUUGUAUACAUUUCUGUGUUGCUGUAUUUCUGAUUUACUGAUGGGUAGUUAGGAAAGUUGGCACCUCUGUAUUACUCCUCUCCCCCGCCUCAUUAUCAGUUAAGUUAAAUGUAAAAAUUUUAUUUGCCUUCUAGAUAGGUAUCAAACUUCUCAGGAAGAUUAUAUUGUGAUAUAUUAAAGAAAUUCUUUAGAUACAUCUAAUAAAUUAUCAUAAAAUGAUUGCAUAAAGCUAAAUUGAAUCUUUAAAAUUGUAAAAAUUUGUAUGAAAGGAUUUACCAUUCUUAAUUUUUUAACUUGUUUGGUUUUAAUAUUUUUCAUCCAUGCAUAUUCAUUUCUUUGAAAAGCUUUUGAGUUUGUAUUUGUAGUGAGUUUUUAAUUCUUUAAACAAUUGUAUUUCAAGUAAGUAUAUAUACAUACAUAUAUGUACAGUAGAAGAUCUUUUAAAUACAAACCCUGAAUAUUUUGCAUUAUGUAGGCAGCAGAUAUAUAUAAUAUACACUCACACCAUUCACAAAAAAAAAAAUAAUAAAUUGUUUUGCAGAAAUUUUUUUCGUAUUGCUUUGUUUUUAUAUAUGUCUUAUAAAUAAUAUGGUUGAAGUUGCAUUUGAUUUUCAAGCAUUGAGAAUUGAAUGGACAGCUGAAAUUUUUAUAUUUAGAAAAAGAAAAAUUAUUCCAAUGUUUGCAUUAAAAUUAGCAACCUAGAAAAAAAGCAAAGCAUUAGCUAGUUUUAUAUCUUCAAAAAUAAGCUAAGUCUAAUUAAAUACAUUAAGAUUCAAGCACUUUUAAGAAAAGGCUGUGAUUUUUUAUUAGAAUUUUGAUUGAAAUUAGUUACAAGAGUCAAUAAACUGCCUGUAAAAAGUUUUUUAAUUAAGAUUUUGGUGAACAAGCUUGCCAUUGGAAAAUAAAACGAGGCCAAAAUAACUGUUUUCAAGAAAAGGCUACUAAGGGGCGGGACUAAUUUAACCAAAAUGUAAGUAAAGAAGACUAUUUUGUAAUCAUUUUGAAAAUUUUCUUUUUUUUUAUCAAUUGGCUAUCAAAGAAAGAAUUUUUGCGUUUUUAUACCCAGUGCAGAUAAGAAUUGGUACCUUUUUGCUGUAUCCAUAUCCAAAUAUGGGACUUCGUUAUUUUGAUUUAAUAUUACAUGAUUAAUUUUUUACUUAAACAUAUUUUAUUAAAAAGUGGUUUAUUACUUAUAAAAUGUGGCAGAAUUUUAUUAGUUCUUCGUAAUAUUGAUUUAAAUUUGAAUGAAAAAUGAUUGUUUUAAUGAUAUAUUCUGUUAUGUUUUCUCUUAAAUGCCCUUUCGUACAAAUUUUUAUAUAACUAAAGGAGUUGAACUUUUUUGCGUAUCCCCAAAUUUUCUGUUUAUUUUUUAUACUUCUCGUAAUAUACCUCUCAAUAAUUACUCACUACUUGAUUGCCUUAGAUUGCAUCUUUAAUCAUUACUCUAUCCUUUUUCCAUCCGCAUUAUAAUGGUCAUUUUUUAUGUUAAUCUUAUUUUGCUGUAAUCGAGAAGUUCAAAAACAACAAAAUUAGCCAAAUUUCUUAAUCUAUAUAUUAAAUAAUUUAAAAAAAUUCUGUAAGUAAUACAGGUGCUUAUGGACAGAUUCCAAACGCUUCAUUAAAAGAAACAAGAAAGAAUCUGCUAAAUGCUUAUGUUUUGAAAAGAAGGGGGCGGGAAUUGAUUGAGCGGCAAAUAACAAGUAUUUGUGAAACUGUGUAUAAAUGAUGUAUGUGAAAAUGAAUACAUGAAAAAAUCAAAUAGUUAAUUAUUGACACAAAAAAAAUUUGUGACUCUUUUUGAAAAAUAAAUAUUUUGGAAACAA